UGGACCCUCUCCGCGUUCAAUCCGCGUUGAGGGUAGAACGGGUAUUUUAUCCAUCAAAUGCCCAGAUAAAGUGCGACCGUAAGAAUAUUGUGGGAAGAAAGAGGAGCGCCAAAUUACGAUAUAAUCUCUGUUGUGCUCUCGUCCUUAAUGACUAUUUUACCCUUGUUUGGGAUGUGGCCAUCACGAAGAGCUCCCUGCGAUAUAAACGACCUAUUCUACCACUUCACUGGUUACCCGCCAAACCUAUCUCUCAAUUUGGGGGUUCGUGUGGGCCUCGAAGUCCGGUCAUCCUUAAGAUGGGACCGGGUAGUUUUCGUGGGUAGGAACCGUGUCGUGCAAUAUCACGAGUGGAUAAGGCUUGGGCUGCUUUGGAGUUAUAAUCGUCAUUUCGCAUAUUUCGCAACACGAAGAGGGUGAGGUCGGCGAAGUAACGCUCCCUUUUCCUCUUCCCAUUCCUUCACGGAUCUCUCUUUCUCUCCUCUCUUCCUUCUCGUCUUUGUGAGGUCGAUUGCGGAGGAGGCAUGGCGGAGCAGCUUACGGACGACCAGAUCGCCGAGUUCAAGAAAGCCUUUAGCUUGUUCGACAAGGACGGCGAUGUUCCAGAGCAUGCUUCUGAUGAUUCUUGGUGUGAUGAUGGGCUUCUGAAUGAAAUCUCAGAUGCUGACUUAAACAGAGAACAGAAGAGGCGUUAUGAUCAAUUUUAUACAGUUAUCGAGAUGGUAUAUCUGCAGGAAAGGAAGCUUCUGCCCAAGAGGGCUUCAACAUUGGGUUUAAGCAAUCUGCAAGCAGUGGUUACAAAUGGGGAAUUGUUAGAGGCAUCACAAGAUCAAUUCAAAGAAAAGUUAGUUAAGAAGCUUGAAGACAGAUGCACGUUUCAAAGUCUUUACAAGCCCGUUCAAGAGAUUUCCACGGACGAUGCUCUGAGAAUGUAUCACUUUCAACUACAACAAGAAAAUAAACAAUCUCAUCAAAGAUCAAAAGCGACAGUAUCAUCGGCAAUCGAAGAUUUUGACUGCAAUAAGUUAGACUUCUUUUUCAAGGAGCUUAUGUUACUUGUAAGUGAGUCUUCUGAAAUCAAAGCAAGUGUUGAUGUUGUAAAAGGAGAGGAAGAAGAAUGACCUUGAUGUUGAAGUACUUGGAGGGAUCGUUCAAAUUCACUUACGUCUGAAUUUUCUGGACAGAUUGUAAUUUUUUGAUGGCCUCAGAUUGCAAUGAAAAGAACUGAACCAUUGCUCCA